UCUUCUAGGUGGUUCACGAAAGAAAAAACAAAGACAAACCAAUUGUAUUUUGUGAUUCUCGUUCUCUCCUUUGCAAUUCCAAGCAAGACACAAACCUCCAAUAACUCCGCCAUGAGCACCACCGCGACAACCACCACCGUAAUGAGAACACCACCUUCUUCCUCCACAACCACCACCUUCCUGGAAAAUCUCACCCGGCAACAGCAACAGACCCUAACUUUGCGCUUAAAUCGGCCGAAAAAGAAGGUUUCGUGGAAAGAAGGCACUGUCGAUAACGAGUAUAUGCAGAAGAAAAGUUCUAAAAUAUGUUGUAUUUUCCACAAGGAGAAGCCCUUCGAUGAGGAUGAUAGCGAUGAUGAUUGCAAUCAUGAUCAUAAAUCGGACGGUGCUUGUUCUUCUUCUCAAAACAACGGGGGUGAUUGAUCGAUUUCGUUUUUUUUUUGUGUUAUUAUAAGUUUAGAAAAAGAAAUUCUCUUCUUUUAAGGGUAUUGUUGUAUGUGCUUAAGAAGGAAUUGAGAAAUUUUAAUUUUAAUUUCUUUUUUUGAUUGGUGAA